GCCCCUCUUUCCGCUUUUGCUUGAUGAUCCACGUUGGCCCUGUACAGCUUUGGUAUGUUAUUGUGCACAAAUGGUGCUAGGUAAAGAUCUUUGAUGACUUUGGAGUUGGACCUUGCCUGCAUGUUUAAGGAGGAUGAAUGCGGAGGAAUUGGAGUUAUUGAGCGACUCCAAGUACAGAAACUAUGUAGCAGCGGUGGAUAAAGCCCUGAAAAAUUUUGAGUAUUCCAGUGAAUGGGCAGAUCUGAUAUCAGCGCUGGGUAAACUCAACAAGGUUUUGCAAAACAAUGCAAAGUACCAUGUGGUCCCAAAGAAGCUGACGGUUGGCAAGCGCUUGGCCCAGUGUCUUCACCCAGCAUUGCCCAGUGGUGUUCACCGGAAAGCGCUAGAAACGUACGAGAUAAUUUUUAAAAUGAUUGGCCCCAAGCGGCUGGCAAAAGAUCUCUUCUUAUACAGUUCUGGCCUCUUUCCUCUUCUCGCCAAUGCGGCCAUGUCUGUCAAGCCGGCACUUUUAAGCUUGUACGAAGUUUACUACUUGCCACUGGGUAAGACUCUGAAGCCAGGUCUGCAAGGCCUUUUGACGGGAGUGUUGCCAGGCUUGGAAGAAGGCUCUGAGUAUUAUGACAGAACAAAUACCUUGCUGGAAAAGGUUGCAGCUGCGGUGGAACAGUCUGCUUUUUACAGUGCCCUUUGGGGCAGUAUCCUGACCAGCCCUGCUGUCCGCUUGCCAGGAAUCACCUUUGUGCUCUUGCAUCUCAACCGCAAGCUCUCGAUGGAGGACCAGCUAUAUGUCAUCGGCAGUGACAUUGAGCUGAUGGUUGAAGCAGUGAGCGUUUCAGUCCAGGACUCCAGUGUACUUGUGCAAAGAAGCACCUUGGACCUCAUUCUGUUCUGCUUCCCAUUUCAUCUGAGUCAGGCCACUCGCCCAGACAUGAUACAGAUCCUGUCUGCAGCUUUGCAUGUAGUACUUCGCAGAGAUAUGUCCCUCAACCGUAGGCUCUAUGCAUGGCUUCUUGGAUUUGAUAACAACGGUGUCGCUGUAGGCCCCAGGAGCACCAGACACAGCAACCAUGAGGAACACUCCAUUUACUAUUUUAAUACCUUCUCCAAGGAUCUCCUGGUUCAGGCUAUGGUGGGAAUCUUGCAAGGAAAAGGACCCAGGGAGGAAGAAAGUACACCAUCACAUGACCUCAAACCUUUUCGCAUUCUCAUUAGUCUGCUGGACAAACCAGAGCUAGGGCCAGCAAUCCUGGAAGAUGUGCUUAUAGAGGUUUUUAAAACACUGUAUACACAAUGCAAAGCAGAACUGAAUCUUAAGGCUCCAUCUCCUUACAACAAGGACCACACUCAGUUAAGCAGUAAAAUGAGAGAGAAUAAGAAGACUUCAGAGCUGAUUAAAACUGCAAAUCUUCUAUUUAAUUCCUUUGAACCAUAUUACAUGUGGGACUACAUAGCUCGUUGGUUUGAAGAAUGUUGUCGGAGAACACUGAGUGCAAGAAUGCAGGCAUCAUCUGGUGGCAAGGAGAUGUCAGAGUACACUCUGGCUGAAUUCUGUCUCUUGGUUGACUUUCUAUUGGACAUCGUUUCACUGCCUGCGCGAAGUAUGAGAGUGCUCUGUCAGGAGACUUACAUUGAGAUUCAAACCGAGCAUUUGCCCCAGUUGCUGUUGCGGAUGGUAUCUGGUCUGACAAGCCACUUACGGGCUUUAUGUCUGCCUGAACUCACUGACUGCCUAAGACUUUGUUCAAAGAUACUCAGUAAAGUGCAGCCACCCUUACUGUCAGCAGGGGCUGAAGUCAGGCUGCAUUUUCCAGCAGGACACAACAACUUUAUCAAGGAGAACGAAGAGAGAAAGGUCUCCGAAAUCAGCACUGGAGCUUCUGGAGAUGUGUUUGAAGAUGGUGAAAAUCCGCCAAGCAGCCAGUCAUCGGAAAGUGGUUUCACAGAGUUUGUGCAGUAUCAGGCAGACAAGACUGAUGACAUUGACCGAGUGUUGAGCGACGGUCAAGACACAGGAUUGGUGCCACAAGACAGCACUUCUUCAGAAACUGAAACAGCUUCUACUGUUGGGUCUGAGGAUACAAUAGUACCAUCUUCAUCUUCACAGGAGCCUGUUGGGACAACUACACAAAAGACUACAAUGCAGUACUGCCUGGAGUACUUUCAGCAAUUUUUGACCCAGCUUAUUACUCUCUAUAUUAUUCCCACUGAAAUGGUUUCCAAGGCGUUUACAACAGCAUUUUCUGUGGAUCUGUGCAGAGACAGAAGCCAGGCUGAUGAUACUAACCUUAUUGGCAAAGGAGAUGGACAAUUUCAUGCAGCCACGGAACAACCAGGCUCAAAUGAGUACCAUCCUGCCCUCGCUGCUGCUUGCCAGCUGUUUUUUGAGUGCUCCAGCUUUCCUGUUUACAUUGCUGAGGGAAAUCUGGCAUCCCCACCUCAGAGCACUAAGUCAGAGACUGUUUGUGAACAGGUAAAGCCACCACUCUGGCUGCAGACCCUCAUGACUGCCUGCUGUUUUGCCAGCGAUUUCAGUGUUCAGAGUGUGGCCAUUUCACUGGUGCUGGACUUAGUUGGCUUAGCCCAGUCAGUCGCUGUGGUUAGUGGAGAAAACCUGAACAGUCUGGAGUCGGCACAGCCUCGGAGUCCAAGCCAGGGGACAGUAGCUGUUGUUAUCGUGCCACCACUUACACAAGGCAACUUGAAGUAUAUGGCGGAAAAGACUGACUUUUUCAAGCAAAUUGCAGUGACACUUUGGAACCAGCUCGGAGAGAGAACCCCACAACAUUACCAGAAAAGUGUUGAGCUCUUCUACCAGCUGCAUAAUCUCGUUCCAUCUUCCAGUAUCUGUGAAGAUGUCAUGAGCCAGCAACUAAUGCACAAAGAUAAGAAAACGCGUAUGGAAGCUCAUGUUAAUUUUUCAGUGCUCUGGCACAUUACUCGGGAUCUUCUUAUCAACAAGUCUUCCUCCUUCAAUCGCACUUUUGACAGAUCUCUCUUUAUUAUGCUUGAUAGCCUGAGCAGCUUGGAUGGCUCCACCUGUUCAGUAGCUCAGGCCUGGCUCAACCAAGUCAUUCAGAGACACGACAUUGCAAGGAUCCUUGAGCCACUGCUGCUGUUGCUUCUUCAUCCAAAAACCCAACGCAUCUCUGUACAACGGAUGCAAAUUGAACGGCAUAUAAAUAAGUCGAAGAACACUUCCCUUGAAGAAGAUGGAGAUCAUUACUUGCAAGGAAUCAAUAGUGUCGAUGUUUUUGGCCAUCUGUCUUUCGACUCUGGAAAACUCCCACCAGCUAAAGGGGCUAAUGGAAAAUCUCUGGGCACAGAUGAAAUGGAGAGCUUCAGUUUCACAGUGAACCCUCUGAGUGACCGGCUCUCCAUGCUGAGCACAAGUAGCGAGACCCUGCCACUCGGAGCCUCAGAUUUUGAUCUGCAAGAGCCACAAGUUGACAUCCUGCAGAGCUCCGAGUCGGGCUGCUCCCAGUCCUCAGCGGGAGAUAACAGCAGCUCUGAGGCAGAGCCGGUCAGCAGCACAAGCAGUUGCAGGACCAAUGGCAAUUCACAGAUAUGGUCAGAAGAUUCCGAGGACGCUGUGGUGCGAACUCUUGUUAUGGAAUUGAUCAAUAGGGUUGUAAAUGGAUUAAAAGAAGAGUCAGAAUCUUACCAGACCCCAGAUCAGACUGAGCCUGGUAUCCCAAGGUCUGGUACAAGUGUACAGCCAUCUGAGUGCUCUGUUCAGAGUGAAGCUAAAAGUGAUCCUGUUAGAAGCCACCUGAAUGGGAUGAUUGAUCACAAUAACCCUGAACGAGUGUCCGUGCCCACUAAUAGUGGCAUUGGCACCGUCCCUGAAAGUUUAACACCGUCGGAGUUAAAUAGGCCGAACUCCACGUCUGUUGUCGUCUCCAAGGAUCCUGUACUGAAACAUCUCUGUGAGGACCAGGCCCAACUGAGGAAGAGAAGCCUCGCCAGCAGCCACCUGGGGUUGACGGGGAAAGUAAUGGAGAAGCUCUCGGACAAAGAGUUCGGCUUCAAGGAUUUCCCCAAACCACCGGGUGCGAAACCCAAAGUGAGAACCAGCAAAAAGAAGGAAGAUGAUAAAAAGAAGGGACAGAAUGAAAAAGUGAAACAACCUAACGUAUUCUUUGGAGACAGCCUGGAUUUAGAGAACUGGUACAGCUGUGGCGAGGGUGAGGUUUCUGAAAUUGAGAGUGAUGUUGGAUCUCCAGGAAUAUGGAAAACAGCAAAGUUUAACAUCCAUCCUUUGUACCAACAUGUUCUGCUCUAUCUUCAGGUGUGUGACUCCACAAGGGCCUUGCAUGCUUUAUCUGCUGUCGAAGCUAUCCUGAAAGCUAAUCCAGCAGGGUUUGUGAGUGCUAUUUCUACUACCAGCGUAAAUAACACCUACACUCCACAGCUCUCCCUCCUUCAGAAUCUCCUGGCCAGACACCGAAUCGCCGUUAUGGGCAAGGACUUCUACAGCCACAUCCCCCUGGAUUCUAGCCACGCUUUCCGGAGCUCCAUGUACAUUGAGAUCAUAAUCUCGCUCACUUUGUACUUCCUGAGGAGCUACUUCCCAAACCACUUAAAAGUGACUCAACAGGAUUUGUCUGGAAACCGCAACCUGCAAAUCAUGAGCAUCCAGAUCCUGACCUUGCUUUUCACCGAGCUGGCUAAAGUGACUGAGAGCUCAGCCAAAGGCUUUGCCAGCUUCAUCUCCGACAUGCUGUUGAAGUGCAAGGUGCAGAAGGUGGUCUUGCAUUGCUUGCUGUCCUCUAUUUUCAGUGCACAGAAGUGGCACGCCCUGCGCACGGCUGGGAGGAAUGUGACGGUGAUUGAAGAGGGCUUCUCUGAGGACAGCAUCAUCAAUUUCUCUGAGGAUGAAAUUGACAACUGCAGCACACUACAGACUCGCUUACUGAAACUGGUGCAGCGGUUGAUUGUUCUGGAGCAUCGAGUGAUGGUGGCUCGUGAGGACAAUGAGACGGGAUAUGAAUUGGUCACAGCCGAGGCAGAGCACGUCAAUCCUCAGCAAACCUUGACAUCUUUGCAAUACCUACACUCCCAACCAAUUACUGCUCAGGGAAUGUUUCUUUCUGCUGUAAUUAAGGCAUUAAAUCAGUCCUUUUCCUGCAAAAUGCACCCGCAGUGGAUCGGGUUGAUAACAUCUGCCCUGCCAUACAUGGGGAAAGUGUUGCAGAGGGUGGUGACUGCUGUGACAAUGCAACUAUGCCGAAAUUUGGAUAAUUUGAUUCAGCAAUAUAAAUAUGAGACUGGCGUGUCAAUCACAAGGCCUACGUGGUUGGCUGUGAGUAUUGCACCAGAUAUGAUCCUCACACUGCUUGAAGGGAUGACCACUAUUAUUCACUACUGCCUGUUAGACCCUUCCAUACAGUAUCACCAGCUGCUCGUUACGGUAGAUGAGAAGUAUUUGUCCGAAGCCCGGAAUGGAAUUCUUUCCAUCUUACCCACCAUUAUGUCCUCUGUGACGCUGCUAUGGGGCAUCCUACAGGUUGCCGACUCCACUGAAAGAACAUCAGGAGCUUCUGCUGUUACUAUCAACCUUGGCUCCACAAAGAAUCUCAGACAGCAGAUUUUAGAGCUCCUGGGCCCAAUCUCUAUGAACCAUGGGGUACACUUCAUGGCUGCUAUUGCUUUUGUCUGGAAUGAGAGAAGGGAGAAUACAAACAGUACCAGAAACAAGGUUAUCCCCAUGCCCUGCCCGGAACAGUUACUGCUGGUGGAGUUAGUACGCUCAAUAAGCGUGAUGAGGGCUGAAACCGUUAUGCAGACAGUGAAGGAAGUCUUGAAGCAGCCUCCAGCCUCGGCCAAGAAACAGCUGUCACUGGAAGUUUGCAUGCUGCAGUUUUUCUAUGCAUACGUCCAAAGGAUCUCCGUGCAGAAUUUAGUAGACAGCUGGCCUUCGCUUUUCCCACUACUCAAAGAUUCUGUUCAGCUCUAUCUGCCCCCACCCGGACAAUUCCUCAUCCUUGGCGUUCUAAAUGAAUUCAUCAUGAAGAAUCCCAACUUGGAAAACAAAAAGGAUCAAAGGGACCUGCAGGAUGUCACCCAUAAGAUAGUGGAGGCUAUUGGGAAUAUUGCUGGCUCCUCCCUGGAACAAACCACCUGGCUCCGGAGGAACCUCGAGGUGAAAGCUUCUCCACAAAUCCUGGUGGAGGGAACCAACAUGGAAAGAGAUGUUGAAGAUAUUAUGUUGGCCCCAGUGAUGGAGACAUCCAAUAUCACGCCUUCUGUGUACAGUGUGCAUGCGCUGACGCUGUUAGCUGAGGUUUUGGCUCAUCUCCUGGACAUGGUUUUCCACAGUGACGAGAAGGAAAAGGUCAUUCCUUUACUUGUCAACAUUAUGUACUACGUGGUCCCCUAUCUUCGCAAUCACAGUGCCCACAACGCACCAAGUUACCGAGCAUGUGUACAGCUGGUGAGCAGCCUGAGUGGCUACCAGUACACAAGGCGGUCCUGGAAAAAGGAAGCAUUUGAUCUCUUCAUGGACCCCAACUUCUUUCAGAUUGAUCCAUCAUGUGUCAGCCACUGGAGAGCCAUUAUCGACCACCUGAUGACUCAUGACAAAACCACUUUCAGAGAUCUCAUGACCCGAGUGGCAGUGCCUCAGAGCAGCUCACUCAAUCUGUUUGCCAGCCGAGAGGCCGAGCUGGAGCAGCGGGCAAUGCACCUUAAAAGGCUGGCUUUUGCGAUUUUCAGCAGUGAAGUGGAUCAGUAUCAGAAAUACCUGCCAGACAUACAGGAGCGCUUGGUGGAAAGCCUUCGUCUGCCUCAAGUGCCCACACUCCACGCCCAGGUCUUCCUUUUCUUCCGUGUGUUACUGUUGCGAAUGUCUCCACAGCAUCUGACUUCACUGUGGCCAACGAUGAUCACAGAACUGGUGCAAGUGUGUUUGCUGAUGGAGCAAGAGCUUACAGCAGAUGAAGACAUUUCGAGAACUGCAGGUCCAUCAGUGACCGGGUUAGAGACCACCUACAUGGGAGGAAAUGGUUUCUCCACAUCCUACAACAACCAGCGGUGGCUUGGUCUCUACCUAUCAGCGUGCAAAUUCCUGGAUCUUGCACUGACCUUACCCUCUGGAAACCUUCCGCAGUUCCAGAUGUAUCGCUGGGCCUUCAUUCCAGAAGUAUCUGAUGACUCUGGUCUGGAGGUCCGGAGACAGGGGACCCAUCAACGGGAAUUUAAACCCUAUGUGGUUCGAUUGGCAAAACUGCUUAGGAAAAGAGCAAAGAAAAAUCCAGAAGAGGAUAACUCAGGGAGAACGCUAGCCUGGGAACCAGGUCACCUUCUGCUCACUGUUUACUCCAUUCGCAGCAUUGAGCAUCUUUUGCCUUUCUUCAACGUCCUCAGCCAGUUUUUUUCCAACAAAGUCACAAGCAGGUCUGCUGGACACUCAGGGAGUCCUGUCCCCUACACAAGCUCCUUCUCAAACAAGGACAUUAAAACAGAGAACCAGAAAGCCUUCUGGAACAAGGCCAGACAAAAAAUCGAAGAGGUACUCGAGAAAGAUUUCCUGGAAGGUGUUAUAAAGGCUUAAUGGAAGGUUUGCUUCCUUCUGUAGCUAACAAUCAUUCAAAAGAAAAUAUUCCACAAGGUGUACAUUUUAGUGUAUGUAAAUGAGAAGCUCAUUUCAAGGGUGUAAUUAAUUAACUGUAUUUGUACAUAUGAGAUGAGUCCUGAAUGCUGAACUUAUGAAUCAGGUUUUUUUGUUGUAUCAUUGGCUCAUAUCAAUUAUGGUGCCUAAAAUGUAAAUGGCUGACUGUUCUAUUCCCUUUUGUUCUGAAUAAAUGCACUCCUGUGAUAAAUUGUA